UUCAAUCCUUCUCCACGUUGAAUCUCUCUCGAUUCUGCUAAGCCUUUCUUCUUCGUUUCUUCUCCCCACUCAGUGUUUCUUCGCUGCUUCAAUCCCAUCAGUCACAAUGGCCGCUGCUCAGGUUUCUCUGUCCGAGCCCAAGAAGCUCGAGGGCUUCGCUCUCUACUCCCGCUUCGCCCUCGCCGGCGCUGUCUGCUGCUCCGUCACCCACGGUGGCCUGACUCCCGUCGAUGUCGUCAAGACCCGUAUCCAGCUCGACCCCGUUACCUACAACCGCGGUCUCAUCGGCGGCUUCCGCCAGGUCAUCCAGAAUGAGGGCGCUGGCGCUCUUCUGACUGGUGCCGGCCCUACCUUCGCCGGUUACUUCCUGCAGGGUGCCUUCAAGUUCGGCGGUUACGAGUUCUUCAAGUCCCAGUUCAUCAACGGCCUGGGCAUUGAGACUGCCUCCAACAACCGGACUGCCAUCUACCUGGCCUCCUCUGCCGCCGCCGAGUUCUUCGCCGACAUUGCCCUGUGCCCUCUCGAGGCUACCCGUAUCCGUCUCGUCUCUGAGCCCACCUACGCCAACGGUCUCAUUGGCGGUUUCUCCAAGAUGCUCAAGAACGAGGGUAUCGGUGCUUUCUACGCCGGCUUCGGACCCAUUCUGUUCAAGCAGAUCCCCUACACCAUGGCCAAGUUCGUCGUCUUCGAGAAGGUCUCUGAGGCUGUCUUCCGCACCUUCCCCAAGGAGUCUCUCUCCGACGGCAUGCAGACCACUGCCAACCUGGGCUCUGGUCUGAUUGCUGGUUUCGCCGCCGCUCUCGUUUCUCAGCCCGCCGACACCAUGCUCUCCAAGAUCAACAAGACCAAGGGCCUCCCCGGUGAGGGCACCACCAGCCGCCUGAUCAAGAUCGCCCGUGAGCUUGGUUUCCGUGGCUCUUACACCGGUAUCGGUGCCCGUCUCUUCAUGGUCGGAACCCUGACUGCCGGCCAGUUCGCCAUCUAUGGUGAUCUCAAGAAGGCUCUGGGCGCCGUCGGCGGUGUCGAGAUCGCCAAAUAA